AUGCGUAUCCCCUUCGCGUCGGGGCACCACGCGACGAUCGCACAGCAAGUCAUCGAUGUAGAUCGCGAACUUCAACCCGACGUGGUGAAGCGCGUCCUCGCCGUGGAAGGCCGCGAGCUCGUAGCGACGUUCACCACGCUGACGGUGCGCCUCGCGCGGCUGACGUCGAACGCGUUCCUCGAGAACGUCGACCUCGUCGUGCGGACCAUCGGGGAGUUUGGCGAGGACGCCGCGCGGCCGCCGGCUCGUCCUGCCGCGUGA